AUAUUUUUCUAUGAUCAAAACAAUAAAAAUUUGAGAGUAACAAUUAUUUUUUAUAAUUAUGUAUUCGUUAAUAAUAACUUGUUUACUAGAAAUAGAGCAGCCUUCAUCCAUUUUAGUGCUAAGUUAUAUUUCUAAAGAUAAUAUGAAUGUUUAAAAUAUUUCUUACUGUAAGUUAAAUUAAGUGAAAAGUUUUGAACCAUACAGAUUUUCCAUUAUGGAGAUACUUACUCCCGCCGAUUUUGUAAAUGAAUUUCAUAAUCUAAAUGGAGUUGUAAUAAGUGAACGUAAAAAGAAUUUUUUCAUCCUUCUUAACAGAGCUUCUCAAAAUUUCUCUUCUGAUGAUGUUGAUAGUGCCAUAAAAAAUCUCCAGCCCACAACUUACCAAGAAAAAUUGUUUUUUGUCAAAACGUUGAUUUAUUUUAAAAAAAUUGAGCCAUUGCUUGAAGUAUUGAAAAAAUGCAAUAGGGAGCAUAUAAAAAUGGUUGUUAAGCAAAAAUGGUUCAUUCAAGAAGCUUUUAGAGACAUUACAUCUGCUUCAUUAGUAAAUGAGUUCUUCCCCUGGGUUUCUUAUAGUACGUGUUUGAAACUAUUGGGAAGGAUCCCAAAUUAUUGGACUGAAGAAAAGAAUGACGAGUUGUUCGACUACAUCCAGAAAAGGUAUGGUUUCUCUUAUGCACUGAAGAUUCUUCAUACAUGCUCUUCAUCGAAAAUUGAAACGCAUUUGAAGGAAGAAUCGCCACUACUAACAACGAAUCAACUUAUUUCUUUACUAAAUAGAAACGAGGAAUUAUUUAAAUUGUAUAUCAAUCAACGUUACAGUGUUAACAACCCGUACGUUGACCAAAAAGUCCUUAAUAUUUUAGCCAAUAAAUCGGUUGAUCUUUUAUUAGAAUUAAUGGAUAAUAAAUUGAUAGAUUUAAAAAUUUUGAGUACGUCAGCAAGUGUUAGGUUGUUGAAUAUAUCGAAGCAAAAAUUAUACGAAGAUCCAAAUUUUUUCAAAAUUUUUAAUAUCAGAUCGUUAGUGAAGCAUCUCGGAUCUGAUUUCAAAACAUUCCUGCAACACAAAUUUUCUCAAAAUAUAGAUAAAUUCACUUCACAAUCUAUUUACUCGAAUUUGUUCAAACGGUACCCGAAAAGUUCAAGAUGGUCUUUAUUUAUCGAAGUAUAUCACAAGGUUUAUAAUAAAAAUAUCGAGGAGUUUUUGAAAACUACCGAUACAUUCGUUAUCACGUUGAAUCCUGAUAAAAAAACAAUUUCCCAAUGGGCAGGAUACAAAUAUGAAUCUACCAAAGAGGAUAUUUACUUGAAGUAUUUCCCACCGUUGGCAUCGAUACCGAUUAUCAAAGGAAAAAUCGAUGUUACAUCGGAUGCUAGGAAAAGAGAAGAAAUGAUUAAACUGUUGAUAUCUUCUUGUGCCGUAAAUGGAGAUUUAGAAUCGUUAGAUGAAGUUUUGGAAUAUAUAAACGAAAGGCAUAAAAAUGAAGAUCCUAAUGCUCAUAGAAGAUUAGUAGAAUUUUUUUUAAACGAAUUUAAAACAAUCGGAUUUACGAAAAAUCAAUUGGAUUUCGUCCACGAGCAAAUUAUUUUCAUAAAAACGCAAGGUUUAAUCGAUUUUUUUUAUUACGAACAUUUUUUUGUGGUAAUUUUAAAAUAUUCAUACGAAAACCAUAAGGAUUUGUUUAAUAAAUUAUUACUCGAAUAUUUAAGAGACUUGUAUACUUCCAAAAUAUGGUAUUACGGUAAUAAUCAGAUUCAUUUCGGUGAAUUUAAACGUGAAAUUUUGAUCGAAAUGUGUAAAAUAUUUCCUCAAGUUGUGGUGUCGAAAAACGAUUAUUUUUUGGAAUUUACUCGAAUUUUCGUUGAAAUUAUAGUACAGUUAUCCACUAUCAACAUUCUGGAAUACCCGGUAUUCGUAUCGGCGAUACAAGAGGCUUGUAACAAAUCAGAUUUGAGUUACAACGACGUGAUCCUAGUUUCUCUCGGUAUACAAUAUAAUACGAAUUUUCCUCGAUUAACUUUCCUGGAUGAAACUACGAUAUUUAAUUAUUUAUCAUUGGUGAACAAACGGGAGCAAUUCGUUUUUUUUAAGGAUUUUUUUAAACGGAUAGUUACGAAGGGGCAACUUACCGAAUUGGAGUUGAAAAUAGUGUCGUUCGUAUUGGAAAACGUGGAUACAUCUGUGGUGGGAAAUUUAGAACCCAUACUGAAGAAUUAUCCUCUUUUACUUUUACCGAAUAUCGAAAAAAAUUGGAAAAAUAUUAAUUUGGAUUAUUUGAUUAAAAUUAUUAAACAUUAUACCCACAUCGGUAUGGAUAGAAUAUUGUGUGACUACUUAAUAAAUAAUUGGUUGGAAGCUGAUUUACCUACACAGAAAGAUGCGGUUAAAAUUUUAUUAAAAUUAUUACCCGAAGAAGAUUUUAUAAAAUUUUUUGAAAAAAAUAUAAACGUAUUAACUUCAGUUCCGGAUUUAACCACCGAAGAAAUAAAAUCUCAUAAAAUACAAUGUCAACUUGCUGGGGAUUUUAAAAACGUUUCGGAACCUCUUAAAUAUCUUCCUUUGUUACAAAAAUAUUGUACACAGGAUUAUAUAAAAUUUGCCUUACCUUCCUUAUACAGUUUCUUCUCUAGAUUAGCAGAAAAAAAUAUUUAUUCUUAUAUAGAAUUUCUAAUACAAGACGUUCUAUUAAAAAAAUACAUAAUUUAUUUUAGUUGCCAAUUUUUAAAAAUAGAUUUUGUUAUAAAUUUACUUCGAAAUGUAGUACCGGAUGAUUAUAACGUUUUAAACACCCUGUGUAUAGUAACUCUAAUUUAUUUUAUAAAUACUCGUGAUGAGGAAUUGUUUAAAUUGUUUAUAAAAUAUGUAACAAUGAUUGAUAUUUAUGAUAAAAAAUUAUUUGCUAAAUUAAUUAAACGUGCACCUCCAAAAAUGUUUAUAUCUGAGUAUAUCGAGGUAUGUUGGAGAAAAAUUGAAGAUAUUAAUACCGACGAUGAUAAAGUUAAUAAAUUAUUAGAUAAUUUGUUAAAACAUACAUUCGAUAAAAAUGUUAUAACUCGUUUAACAACCUCAUUUAUUACUGAUAUUAUUUCUCGUUAUUUACCAAUAGAAAGUGUUGAUCGUUUAUCUAAUAUACAAAAAUUUACUAUUUUAUGUUUAAUAUACAGGGAAUCUGAAAAAAGUUCCAAUUAUAAGUUGACUUUUGACAUUCUAUCUAGAUUGAAAAUGAAAAGUAUUAAUAAUUUUUGUCAAACAGCCAUCGAUUUAUACUACACAAAUGUAGAUUCAGAAUUUAUCGAUGAUUUUAUAAAACAUUGGGUAGAGAAAUUUUCUUUAGCGGAAACUUUAAACGAACACAUAACCUUAAAAUUAUUUCGAAAAUUUUUGAAUCCAAUCGACGAAACUAAAGCAGAAAACAUUAUAAAUUACUUAAACGAAUUGAUAGAUGAACUAGGAAUGCACAUUUUCGAAAUUUUUAUCGAUAAUUUACGAAAAUAUUUGAAUGAUUUAAACGAGGUCUCGAAAUAUAAUCUUUUGUAUUUGAUGUUGGGUUAUAAAAUGUCUGCAAUAACAUGCGUAUUGGUACUUAAAUUAUUGAAACCUGUUGAUCAGGGGUUGAGUGAAGAUGCAAAACCGAUUCAUGCCAAGAUAAUGGAGAAAAUCAAGACUUUCGAAGAACCUAUAGUUACAGCUUAUUAUGAAAUGUAUUUACAUAAUUUGCAUUAAUAAUUGCUUCACUUUAAAAUUAAAAUGUUUUCAAUAAAUAUGAAUGUUUUAAGGCAUUUGCCUAGUACAGCCAUUCAAGCUUAAAAUCGACCGAAACCUCUUCCAAUCUGACUUGGUCGCAAAGUAUGCUUUUUAUUUUUAAAGGGUGAAAAUCACCCCUUACUCCAAUAAAUAAAACUAAUGAAUUAAAUAAAGCGGUAAUGGGCUAUAGUUAUGUACAAAUAUAAUAAAUAUUGAUUGUUUUG